ACUGACGUUUAUUAACGAGAGAGAUAGCGAGAGAGAGAGAUCGAGAGAGAAUAAAAAGAGGAAAGUGGGAGGAAGGCAAGAGAUUGAAUAGCUCAGCUCCCUUUGUUUUCUUCAUCUUCUUUCCCCGUUAUAACCCCAACGGAACCGCAGCUCUCUCUCUUCAUUUCAGAGAGAGAAUCGUCAUUCUAGAGAGAGAAACCACAUCAAGCUCCCCACUCUCACUCUCACUCCUUUGUCUCCAUUACCUUUCCCUGAUUGUUGAGAUUUAUGGGUAGAGGAGGGCAGAAUGAAGGAAGGGGAGAGGAUUCAGGGACUGAUAGCACGUCGAAUCAAGUUUUUUUCGCGGCGUGGGCGAAAGAUGCUCAUGAAUGUGAAGAGGAGUUGAAGGUGAGGCGAGAUUGUGGAUUACCGGUAGAGGAAGUUGAGAAGAGGAGACAGAUUUAUGGAUGGAAUGAGUUGGAGAAGCACCAAGGGCAAUCGAUAUUUAGAUUGGUUUUGGAUCAGUUUAACGAUACUUUAGUUAGGAUUUUACUUGUUGCUGCUGUUGUUUCGUUUGUUUUGGCGUGGUAUGAUGGGGACGAAGGUGGGGAAAUGGAGAUCACGGCGUUUGUUGAGCCUUUGGUUAUAUUUUUGAUCUUGAUUGUGAAUGCGAUUGUUGGGGUUUGGCAAGAGAGUAAUGCGGAGAAAGCAUUAGAGGCUCUUAAGGAAAUUCAGUCGGAACAUGCGACGGUGAUUCGUGAUGGGCAGAAGAAUUCAAAUUUGCCUGCGAAAGAGCUUGUUCCAGGAGAUAUUGUUGAGCUUAGGGUUGGGGAUAAAGUGCCUGCAGAUAUGAGGGUUCUGAGUUUGAUUAGCUCUACUCUAAGGCUUGAGCAAGGUUCAUUGACGGGCGAGAGUGAGGCUGUUAGCAAGACAGUAAAGCCUGUCCCAGAAGAUUGUGAAAUUCAGGGGAAGAAAUGUAUGGUUUUUGCUGGAACGACUGUUGUCAAUGGAAAUUGUAUCUGUUUGGUCACUCAAACUGGUAUGAAUACAGAGAUAGGAAAGGUGCAUUCACAAAUUCAUGAAGCAUCCCAACAUGAGGAAGAUACGCCAUUGAAAAAGAAACUGAAUGAGUUUGGAGAGGUUCUGACUUUGUUAAUUGGUUUAAUUUGUGCCCUAGUGUGGCUUAUUAAUGUGAAAUAUUUUCUAUCUUGGGAGUACAUUGAUGGGUGGCCAACGAAUUUUCAGUUCUCAUUUGAAAAAUGCACAUAUUACUUCGAAAUUGCUGUUGCAUUAGCAGUCGCUGCCAUUCCAGAAGGCUUACCUGCGGUUAUUACAACAUGCUUGGCCCUUGGUACACGUAAGAUGGCUCAGAAGAAUGCCCUUGUACGCAAGCUUCCAAGUGUUGAAACUCUUGGUUGUACAACUGUCAUAUGUUCUGAUAAAACUGGUACUCUGACUACUAAUCAGAUGGCAGUGACUAAGCUUGUCGCUGUGGGUCUCCAAGGACAUGCUCUCCGAUCCUUUAGUGUUGAUGGCACUACAUACAAUCCUUUUGAUGGAAAAAUACAAAGUUGGCCCAUUGGUCAGUUGGAUACUAACCUUCAAACAAUUGCAAAGAUUGCUGCUGUCUGCAACGAUGCUGGUAUUGAACACAAUGGAAGUCAUUAUGUUGCUAGUGGGAUGCCUACUGAAGCAGCAUUGAAGGUUCUUGUCGAGAAAAUGGGGCUUCCUGAUGGACUAGAUACAAGUUUGUCCACAACUGGUAGUGAUGCACAACGUUGUUGCCGAAGAUGGUGUGACGUUGAACGUCGAAUCGGCACACUCGAGUUUGAUCGUGAUAGGAAGUCAAUGGGAGUUAUUGUUAGUUCUAGCUCUGGGAAAAAUUCAAUAUUCGUAAAGGGUGCAGUAGAAAACUUGUUGGAAAGAAGCUCUUUCAUUCAAUUAGAAGAUGGUUCUGUAGUAGAGCUUGACCAAAAGUCCAGGAAAGCUAUCUUAGAAAGCCUUCAUGAAAUGUCAUCAAGUGCAUUACGUGUAUUGGGUUUUGCAUACAAGGAUGAUCUAGCGGAGUUUGCAACAUAUACUGGUGAUGAAGACCAUCCAGCUCAUGAGCUUUUACUCAAUCCAUCUAACUACUCAUCUAUUGAGAGUAAACUUGUGUUUGCUGGUUUGGCUGGGUUAAGAGAUCCACCUCGAAAAGAAGUUCGCCAAGCUAUUGAGGACUGCAGAAUAGCUGGUAUUCAGGUCAUGGUUAUUACUGGAGAUAACAAGAACACUGCCGAAGCUAUUUGUCGUGAAAUAGGGGUCUUCGAACCGAAUGAGGACAUCAGUUCGAAGAGCUUAACAGGGAGAGAGUUCAUGGAUCAUCGUAACAAGAAAAAUCACUUAAGGCAGAGCGGAGGGCUCCUCUUUUCUAGGGCAGAGCCGAGGCAUAAACAAGAGAUAGUAAGGCUACUUAAAGAAAAUGGUGAAGUAGUUGCAAUGACUGGAGAUGGAGUGAAUGAUGCUCCUGCCCUGAAAUUGGCCGACAUUGGUAUUGCAAUGGGCAUUGCGGGUACAGAGGUUGCCAAAGAAGCGUCAGAUAUGGUGUUAGCAGAUGACAACUUUAGUACAAUCGUUGCUGCUGUUGGGGAAGGCAGGUCUAUCUAUAACAACAUGAAGGCAUUUAUUAGGUAUAUGAUUUCCUCAAAUAUUGGAGAGGUUGCCUCUAUAUUUCUCACAGCUGCUCUAGGUAUACCAGAGGGUCUUAUUCCUGUUCAGCUUUUGUGGGUCAAUCUGGUUACCGAUGGACCCCCAGCAACAGCUUUAGGAUUUAAUCCACCUGACAAGUACAUAAUGAAGAAUCCUCCUCGCAGAAGUGACGACUCUCUUAUCAGUGCAUGGAUAUUGUUUCGAUAUCUGGUUAUUGGACUCUAUGUAGGAAUAGCUACUGUAGGUGUAUUCAUUAUCUGGUUCACGCAAGAAUCUUUCUUAGGAAUUGACCUAAGCAAAGAUGGCCACAGUCUUGUCUCCUAUUCUCAACUUGCUAACUGGGAUCAAUGCACGUCCUGGGGGAAUUUCUCUGCUUCACCUUUUACUGCCGGAUCGCAAGUAUUCAAUUUUGAUGCUAAUCCAUGUGACUAUUUUCAGACUGGAAAGAUCAAAGCUAUGACUCUCUCGCUGUCUGUAUUGGUUGCCAUUGAGAUGUUCAAUUCCCUUAAUGCCCUCUCCGAGGAUGUGAGUCUUUUGAGUAUGCCUCCUUGGGUCAACCCAUGGCUCCUCCUGGCAAUGUCAGUUUCCUUUGGACUGCAUUUCUUGAUCCUUUAUGUGCCAUUCCUUGCUCAAAUAUUUGGCAUUGUUCCACUAAGCCUGAACGAGUGGUUGUUGGUAGUGGCCGUUGCUUUCCCUGUGAUUUUAAUUGAUGAGGUUCUCAAGUUUGUGGGAAGGUGUACAAGUGGGGCUCGGUCACGGUCAAAGAGUUCAUUGAAGCACAAGGCAGAGUAAGGUUGUAGGUAAGAUACUAGGCAAGGAAGGUUGUUAUUUACUUAUAAAAACACCAACAAGUCUAAUUGAACUUUGUUAUCUUGGUCCUUUAACCCUUAUGUUAACAACAGCAAGGGUUACUUAGACCACGACGAGAUAAUUAAUUGAUAAGAACAUAUUUGUAGAACUAGUGACAGGAUUAACUAGAUAUUAGUUUAUUAAAGAUCUCUUUACAUUCAAUGGAACCUUUCAGACAUUAAGUUUGUUUUUCAAAUAUUUGGGCAAUUGAAUUAAUAUGUUGCUUCAUUUGUUA